UGCAGGGAAGGCGCCGCCGAGCGCCGCGCACAGCCCGCCCGCGGCAGCGCUUGUGUCCGCCGGGCUCUCCGGCGCCACCAGCCCCGCGUCGCAGCCAGCCCGGUCUCCCACGUUCCCAGCCCGGCUCUCCAGCGCGCCCAGCCGGCUCUGCUGCGUGACCACCCCGGCUCUCCUGCGUGGUCAUCCCAGCUCUCCUGCGCGCCCAGCCCCGCUCUCCUGCGCGCCCAGCCGGCUCCUCUACGCUCUCAGCCCCGCUCUCCUGCGCGCCCAGCCCCGCUCUCCUGCACCGCCGGUUCUUCGGCGCGAACAGCCAGCCAUCCAGGGACGCCUGUGCCGCCUGUGCCGCACGUCGUCGGACCCCUCUUUCCGGCCGCUCUUACUUUCCCGUGCCUGACCUGCAUGGGAAGUUGGGGGAAAUGGACAGGGUCGUGCUGGGGUGGAUCGCUGUCUUCUGGCUAACAGCCGUGGCUGAAGGCCUCCAGGUGACAGUGCCCGACAAGAGGAAGGUGGCCAUGCUCUUCCAGCCCGCGGUGCUUCGAUGCCACUUCUCCACCUCCUCCCAUCGGCCGGCCGUCGUGCAGUGGAAGUUCAAGUCCUACUGCCAGGAUCGCGUGGGGGAGUCCUUGGGCAUGUCCUCCCCUCGGGCCCAGUCACUCAGCAAGAGGAACCUGGAAUGGGACCCCUACUUGGACUGUUUGGACAGCAGGAGGACAGUCCGCGUGGUGGCUUCAAAACAGGGCUCCACUGUUACCCUGGGAGACUUCUACAGGGGCAGAGAGAUCACCAUUGUUCACGAUGCAGAUCUUCAAAUUGGAAAGCUCAUGUGGGGUGACAGUGGGCUCUAUUACUGUGUCAUCACCACCCCCGAUGACCUGGAGGGCAAGAACGAGGACUCGGUGGAGCUGCUGGUGUUGGGCAGGACAGGGCUGCUUGCUGACCUCUUGCCCAGUUUUGCUGUGGAGAUUAUGCCAGAGUGGGUGUUUGUGGGCCUGGUGAUCCUGGGAGUCUUCCUCUUCUUCGUCCUGGUGGGGAUCUGCUGGUGCCAGUGCUGUCCCCAUAGCUGCUGCUGCUACGUCCGCUGCCCGUGCUGCCCAGACUCCUGCUGCUGCCCUCAGGCCUUGUAUGAAGCAGGGAAAGCGGCCAAGGCCGGGUACCCUCCCUCUGUCUCCGGUGUCCCUGGCCCUUUCUCCAUCCCCUCUGUCCCUUUGGGAGGAACCCCCUCAUCUGGCAUGCUGAUGGACAAGCCGCAUCCACCUCCCUUGGCACCCAGUGACUCCACAGGAGGAAGCCACAGUGUUCGCAAAGGUUACCGGAUCCAAGCCGACAAAGAGAGAGACUCCAUGAAGGUCCUGUACUAUGUGGAGAAGGAGCUGGCUCAGUUUGACCCAGCCAGAAGGAUGCGAGGCAGAUAUAACAACACCAUCUCAGAACUCAGCUCCCUGCAUGAAGAGGACAGCAGCUUCCGCCAGUCUUACCAUCAGAUGAGGAGCAAGCAAUUCCCCGUGUCUGGGGACCUGGAGAGCAAUCCUGACUACUGGUCGGGUGUCAUGGGAAGCAGCAGUGGGGCCAGCAGGGGACCCUCAGCCCUGGAGUAUAACAAAGAGGAUCGGGAGAGCUUCCGGCACAGCCAGCAGCGCUCCAAGUCCGAGAUGCUGUCGCGGAAGAACUUCGCCCCCGGGGUGCCCGCAGUCUCCAUGGACGAACUGGCGGCCUUCGCCGACUCCUACUACGCCUGGUCUCCGCCCGCCCCCUUCGAGUCCCGGCCCGGCGACGCGGAACUCGAGCCCGACGACACGCUGCCGCCCUACAGCGAGCGGGAGCUGAGCCGCGGCCCGUCCUGGCGCAGCCGCGACCUGCCGCACCACGGCGGCUCGGAGAAGCGCAGGAAGAAGGAGCCCGCCAAGAAAACGAGUGAGUUUCCAACCAGGAUGUCCCUUGUGGUCUGAUGUUUUCAAGAUGUCUUUGGAGGACCAGAAGUCAGACACAGACUACAGCGACAAGAUGCAAGCCAGCAGGCCAGGACCUUCUCUGGCCACCACCUUGGAAGAUCUACUGAUUUCUGCUUCGGCAGGGGACAGGAGGCUGAUUCCCAACCUCAGUGCCCCUCUAGCUAGUUUGAGAAGCUCAUCAAGAAGACAACAUGUGCAACAGCGCACACCGAGUGUCUCCCCCAGUUUCUCCUGCCCAGUCUCCUUCCUGAGUGGAACCGGGACUUCACUUCCUAUUCAGAAAGAGUCAGCCCUGGUCUGCUGGUCUCCAGAAACUGCCUGAGCCUACAGUUUGCUUUUCUGUACUCCCGUGCUCUGCCUGGCAACUGAAGAAUGUACUCCCAUUAGAAGGCCUGCUGGUGGGCGGAGAUAAUUUCAAGGCAAAAUACCCCUUUUACCCCAAUGCUUCUCAGUCACUAGCCAGUGACUGUCACGACACUAGAACCAGAGAGCUUCUGGUGACCUCAGUGACAGUGACCUCCCAGACUGUCACAGAAGUGGCUUCAGUUUGCUGUUCGGAAUCACAGUUCUCCAGUGACGUAACAGAGUAGUAUACCAUUUUGGAAACCUGUCUAAGUGGUAUUUCUUUUUUCAUUCUGAGGACAUAACACUGCUCUUUCUCAUUCUGCUGCACCUGUCAACACCUGAGUCUUGCACCUUAGGGGCUCUUCUUUUCCUCUCCUUCCUGGACUUGCCACAGGUUGGUGCCAUAUACAGAGCCCCACCUGUCUGCACUCUGAUUAAGUUGUCAUCAGGUGCCUUUGGUAAAUGCUUAAAUUGCACACAUGGAUGAGAAGAGAGAGAAAACAAGAGGAGAAACAAGUUCUGCACAAUGGAAAAGAAUGAGAAAGAAUUCGAGAGGAAAAGAAUGCCCAGUCUGAUUAUGUUUGGAAUGUGGGGCAUCUUCCCAUAAUUACCACUCAGUCUUUCCUGGUUUUCAUUUGCUGAGUUCUUUCUGCCACCCUGGUUCUGCCAUGGUUGGGGUGAGCCUGCAGCUCUUGGCAUCACUGGGCUGCUGGCAAGGAUGCCUUGGUAGAUGACGGUUUUGUCUUCUCGGAAAGGAGCCCUUCCCGUUCCUACUCUUGCCUAAAUCCCAAAGCAAGAACCUUUUGGAUUUUGUAAUUUGUAGAUUGCAAAAAUAGCCAAGAACUUUUCCCUUCUCACUAAGAAGUGGCACCCCUGAAUUUGGAGUUGGCCAGGUGGUUUGAUCUGACCAUGGCCCAGUAGCAAAUGUCACAUAAGCAGAGACUUGAAAGGUUCUUGUGCAUUCAGUUUGUCCUCGCUUGCUGCUCUUGGGAACCUUGCAGCCACCACCAAGAGAAGGAGCCUGGUCUCUCCUGCUGCAUGAUGAGAGAAAAGGGCCUCGUUACCCCGUCCCCCUGUGUGACAGCUUGUCUGCCCUUCGCUGAUUGCAGAUGUGAGAGUCCAGCCAAAACCUUGGAAGAAUGGCCUAGCUGAGCAGGGCCAGCUACUGAUCCUUUCUCAAGGCAGGAGAAGUUGGUGCACCCUCUGUGUUCCUUUUUCUUCAAAGACAAAACUGACUCUUCUCAUUGGCAUGUUCUGCCCUGAUUCUAUUCCUCCACCCACUUUAGGUGUCUCUCGGCCUCCACUUCCUUUUUAUCACAGCCUUUCACCCUGUGCUGUCGUGAUGGAACAUGUGGCUGGGUUGAGUCACCAGAGGAGGCUCGUCCUGGUUGUCUCUGAACCCAGCAGUGGUCCAUUCCCUGUCCGUGGGUCCGUGGACAACCUCUGAAGAAGCUUGCUCAGCACCUCCUGGGUCUUCUCCUGAGCCACCUGCCAAGACCACAGAGUGCCAUUCUCGUUUCUGUCCUUCAUGACAUUUCCAAAAGGCCCUUCAUCUACCGUGUUACAAAGAAGCAGCUGGGGAGGAUCAGAGGGAUGAGCUGGAUCACUGCACAGAGGAGAACUGGCCUACCCAAGGACUUCAGGUCUCUCUGGCCUGUCCUAGAGGAACCAUGAGGACAGUUCAGCCCAGUGCUGGCCCUUCCAAGGGCUGGAAGACACAAGCCAUAACCCUGGUGCUGAGUUUCAGACUUGACAAUGUCCCUGGCCUCAGAAAGCCUAGGUCUGGUCUGUUUGGGCCCCAGUUCAGUUGGAAAAUGCUGCCAGCCCUGGAUCUCCCUGGCUCAGGCCAUUCUGCAGAGCACUGGACAGCUGAUCGCAGUGGCCGUUAUGGCUUUAUAACUGAGCACUGUGCCAGGUUUCUCACCACCAAAGAGCCCCAUAGCACCAGCUGCAGAGACCCAACGUGUGGCUUUGUAAAGCCAGGGACCAUGUGAGAUUUUGGUGACAGUUGAGGAGAGCAGUGGGAAAGAGUUACUAAAACUGGAUGCCUACAAUUUCAAAGACCACAAAACUAAAGACGGGAAAUAAAAAAUGCAAAGGUAGAGGGCUGUGGAAAGAACCUAGCAGGUGGUGGAAUGGCUGGAGCCACACGGGGGCCGGCGUGUUCUCUGUGGGGCGGCAGGAGUCACCCAUCAGACAGGAGGCGGCUGUCUCUGGGUGUGUAACAAGGUGUAGGGUGGAUGAACAAGGCAGAGCCAGCUCUUCUCAAUGCCAGGCUCUUUUCUCACCUCCUUUCCAUUCCCCCUGAAGACUGCGUCCUGCAGAGGAAGGGCCUGGAUGCUAGCUUCCUCCCUAGGUUUUAUCGGGGCUUAAGUCCUGUGUCAGACGUGGUCUCCGUCCACUGGGGCCAUGCAGUUUAAUAGGGGAAGUGAGAUGGGCCCGAGAAAGAAUUGGAGUUCGUGCACAUGAUAGGAAAUAGUGCUACGGAUAAAUUACAUUAAACCCAGAGAUUUAAAAGUUUCUUUAAAUGGGAAUAUUUUGAUAUUUAAGUGUUGUGUGUGUUUGUCCAUCAUCCCAUUAAAAGACAUGCUCAGUCAAUGAUCUGAAAA